UUUAUACCGUCAUCUACAGUUUGACGGCAGGAUGGGGGGAGAUGAAGAGAAGACGAACAGCUGUGGGACCAUCUGUCUGAAAUACUUACUUUUCACCUUCAACCUCUUAUUCUGGCUGGCAGGGGGUGCUGUAAUGGCAGUUGGAAUCUGGACUCUGGUGGAUAAGAGUGAGUACAUCAGCCUGCUGUCCUCCAGCACUUAUUCUGCUGCUGCGUACAUCCUGGUCGCGGCAGGAGCCAUUGUCGUGAUGACCGGGAUACUGGGCUGUUGCGCCACCAUAAAGGAACACAGGGGACUUCUCAUAGUGUUUUUUGUUCUGCUGCUGUUUAUCUUCCUGCUAGAGAUUACUGCUGGUGUGCUGGCGUAUGUCUAUUAUCAGGAGCUGAAUAAUGAGCUGAGAGAGGACCUGAGAAAGACCAUGGUGCAAAACUACCAGCAGCCCGGGAAGGAGCACAUCACCAGGGCUGUGGACAGACUGCAGCAGGAUCUGAUGUGCUGUGGCAGUAACAGCUCUGCUGAUUGGACGCACAGCUUAUGGAGAGAGACACUGGCAGGUGAUAGGCUGGUCCCUGACAGCUGCUGUAAAACACCCUCUGAUCUUUGUGGAAAGAGAGACCACCCCUCUAACAUCUACAAAGUGGAGGGAGGAUGCAUCAGUAAGUUAGAGGAGUUUAUUCUGCAGCACUUGCAGAUCGUCGGUGCAGUGGGCAUUGGCGUCGCCUUCCUUCAGGUUGUGGGAAUGAUCUUUACCUGCUGUCUGUAUCGGAGCCUGAAAGAGGAACCCUAUUAA